GAAACCCUUUUACUCGACUCUUAUCCUGCUUCUUCCUGAACAGCGGUGAAAGAAGCCAAAUACGAAAUAAUGCUGUGAUACUGUAAAUUAGUGCCAAAAAGAAACAAAAAAGCAGCGCUCUUGAUCGCGAUAAUGGUCUACAGAUUAGGGGUAUAAAAUUAAAUAGAACACGGCAAUAUAUCCAUUUAACAUUUGCCUUAAUCAGAAAGUUUUUAAAGUCAUUUUAAAGUCAUCAUUGUGACAACCUGUACCUUAUGAAUGAGACUCUAAGAACAUUUAGAAAUUUUCUAAACAUAAACGAAGAAGGAAAACUGGAUAUCUCCGAUUAGGUAUAUUUUAAUUUUUUGAAUGGGUCAAUAGUGCGGGGGUCGGAAUCUGCCUGGAUGGGAUGUACAGUGAGUUUCAUCUGCUGUGAAGACGACCUCUUACAGAUGCCUUUCGAUCAACAUGAAAAGAAAAAGAAAGAAGAAACGCGGCUCUUGGUAAAGCCAGAGGAAUUUGAAGCAGUCCAUUCCCAUACGUUCCGAGUGAAGACCUUCAAAAAGGGAAAACACUGUGGGGUGUGUAAGCAGACUGUCAACAAGGAAGGGCUCAUCUGUCGAGUGUGCCGGUUAUCAUGCCACAAGAAAUGUGAGGUGAAGGUUUCUACAUCCUGUGUCCCUGCUGCUAAUUAUGAGUUGCCUCCAAGUAAUGACAUCGCAUUGAAGCAUGUAGACACAACGGGUUCAUCUAAAUCCUCCAAGAGUAUGGAGUCCCGCCGAAGACCUUCUCGGAGCCUGAGUCUGAUCCAAGCCAUGGAUGAGAGUUAUGAUGUGGAUCUUGUCUACAUCACAGAGCGUAUCAUCUCCGUGUCCUUUCCCAGUAAUGCUGAGGAGCAGAGCUACCGCAACAAUCUGAAGGAGGUGGCAACAAUGCUGAGGUCCAAACAUGGAGACAACUAUUUGCUCUUUAACCUCAGUGAAAGAAGGUAUGACAUUGCCAAGCUAAAUCCAAAGGUUCUGGAUUUUGGUUGGCCAGACCACCACGCUCCUGCACUUGACAAGAUCUGCAGCAUCUGUAAGGCCAUGGACACUUGGCUGAACACUGACCCUCACAAUGUGGUGGUGCUUCACAACAAGGGCAAUCGUGGGAGGACUGGGGUAGUAGUGGCAGCUUACAUGCAUUACAGCAAUAUUUCAGCCAGUGCAGAUCAAGCCCUGGACAGAUUUGCCAUGAAGAGGUUUUAUGAAGAUAAAGUGCUUCCUGUGGGCCAACCCUCCCAGAAGAGAUAUGUGCAGUACUUCAGUGGCUUGCUGUCUGGGACUAUCAAAAUAAACAAUAAGCCAUUAUUUUUACACCAUGUCAUCAUGCAUGGAAUCCCAAACUUUGAAUCCAAAGGAGGUUGCCGCCCUUUCCUCAAGAUUUACCAGGCGAUGCAGCCAGUGUACACAUCUGGGAUCUACAAUGUCCAGGGAGAUAGUCAAACCAGCAUCUGCAUCACAAUUGAGCCUGGGUUACUUCUGAAAGGGGACAUUCUGCUAAAGUGUUACCACAAGAGGUUCCGAAGCCCCACCAGAGAUGUCAUAUUCCGAGUGCAGUUCCACACCUGUGCAGUCCAUGACCUAGGGAUUGUCUUUGGCAAGGAUGAGCUGGAUGAAACUUUUAAAGAUGACCGAUUCCCAGAGUAUGGUAAAGUGGAGUUUGUCUUCUCAUUUGGGCCAGAAAAAAUUCAAGGAAUGGAUCACCUGGAGAAUGGCCCAAGUGUCUCAGUGGAUUAUAACACACAGGAUCCUCUCAUCCGUUGGGAUUCCUAUGAGAACUUUAACCAGAGAUGUGAGGACACUAUGGAGGAUGUUGUUCACACACAAGGUCCUCUAGACGGCAGUCUCUACGCCAAGGUUCGUAAGAAGGAGUCCAUUGAAGGAACAGUUACUGCCAACGGCCUUCCAGCAGUUGAUCACGCGCUCUCUGUCAGUAGUGACUCGGGUAACUCCACUGCCUCUAUCAAGACUGACCGGACCGAUGACCCUGGGCAUCAGGCAGCAACAGUCACUCAACCGCUAAGCCCUGAGGAAAAGAAAGAGCUUGAUCAGCUCCUGAGUGGCUUAGAGGCACCAAUGAAUCAACAGAGUUUCCUGGGCGCUUUGGCUGGAGGGGGAGGAGGAGGUGGUGUGCGUCAUCUAGUACCAGCCCAAAUCCAUGUUAAUGGGAACAAUAGUGCAGAGAGGGAAACUGACAUUCUUGAUGAUGAGAUUCCUAACAGUCAGGAGGCAAACAGUGUGGACAGCUUAGGGACGCUGUCAUCCUUUGAGGGCAGAGCAACACCUGCAGAGCUCUAUUACCCAAUCGAAACAGUGAUCAAUGGGCAGGAUGGCCCUUACCCAGAGAAAAUCACCCUGGAAAAAUCAGUGGGGAUGCCAGUCCAGGGGGUCCGGAGCUCUGCCUCAGCUCAGGACCAUAUCAUGGAUUCAAACCUAGGCUCACCGCAGGGCAGCUAUAUUAACCAAAAUGGCAACAUUUACCGGUCACAGUCCUUUGGUGCACCUGGUGUUCCCAGUUUGGAAACUGUCCCUAAGCUGAUGCCCAGGGCCCCUGCCAGAAGUACCAGCAGUAGAGAGGCAGUACAGAGGGGGCUGAAUGCUUGGCAGUUGCAUGGUCUUCCUGAAGAAGUGUCCCUUGAUGGUGGUCACUCGAAUCCCAGCUUGCAGACUCACAGCCUGCCUGAGUUUCCCCACACAGCUUCCCAGCAGGAAAUUGAGCAGUCGAUUGAGGCUCUGAACAUGCUCAUGUUGGACCUGGACCCUGCCUUGACACAUCUUCCCAAGUCCUACAGCGCUCCACUUUCUACAGUCCAGGUAUUCCCAGGAGACAGCAGUGUGGUAACCACUCAGCCUUCUUUCUCUCAGUUACCAGCCUAUCAAGCAGACACUUCAGUGCCACAUUAUAUCAAUGAACCUUCUGCCAGCUAUGGUCAGGGUCAACAAAGGCCCAUCCCUACUGUCCAUCCUACAACAGCUGCUGCCCAGAAUUAUUCAACAGAGCAAUCUGCUGCUUUCAGUCCACAGAAGCCUGCAAAUACAUAUUCGCCAAGCUCUGCAGUUUCAUCUGAACCAUACAAUGCACUCAGUUAUGGGCAACAGAAACCCAGCAACAUAGGUCCAGCAAGCACAGCAGCCCUGCCCUAUUCAACAGAAUCAUCUACAGCUGCAUUUGGCCAGCUCCAGUUGAGGCCCCUCAACACUUAUCCCACAAACACUGCAUCCUACUCUCCUGAGCUCCAGGAACAUGACUUCCAUGUCUCCUCACCAUAUGUGGGACUCCCUCGCAGCUACAGUGCAGCAGGGGGCAGUGCUUCCUCUUCCCCAUUGCCCCCCGUCACUUCCCAGUCUCCACCACCACCCAAAGAAGUAGAGCCUGAAAAGGAACAGUACAACUUAGAGGGACUGGUGGCUCACCGUGUGGCUGAAUACAACGCUCGCAUCAGGGGCAUCUGGCAAAGCAUGAACCCACCAAACACCUCCCAUCGCCUGCGGUCUUACUCCUUCUCUGGUGUCCGGUCCCAAGGAAUGUUGCCUGAUGAAUCGUCCGCCCCCACACGACGCAGAACAACCAGUGAAGGACAGUAUGAGAAUGGCCACGACGGAAGCUCUACCCACAGUACCAUGGUUCGGUCCCCCAUUCGAUGCGUCUCUCCCGAGGUGGUCAAUACUAUUGCUGCAAAUCCAGGGGGCCGACCAAAGGAGCCACAUAUGCACAGCUACAGAGAGGCAUUUGAAGAAAUAGAUGGCGCUCCACUAAGUCCCACAUCCAGCAGUGGUGGUGAGGUCCUUCCCCUGACCCCUGCUUUUCCUGUGUCGCCACAAACCCCUUACUACAACCUGUGCCGUUCCCCUCCUGGCCUAGCAAAAACUCCUCUGUCAGCCCUUGGAUUGAAGCCUCACAACCCAGCUGAGAUCCUUCUCCAACAGUCUGGAACUGAGCCUCGGAGUUAUGUUGAGUCAGUUGCUCGGACAGCUGCAGCUGGGGGAGGAGGCCAGCCAGGCUCCCCUGUACCACCCACUUAUGACAUGGAUAGCCGAGGGAGACACACAGCCCCCUCUCAUGCCUUCAGCUCGCCCCUAUCAACCAGCAGUCCCAUUCAAAGUGCUGAAGGAAGCUAUCCUUCUGCUGACAGCAGUAUCCGAAUGGGUACACCCCCCCAUGUGGCUGACUCGGGUUUCCGCUCCCAACCUUCAGAAAGCACAUACCGUGUCCCCACCCCUUCUUUCCCUGGCUCUGGCAGCAUGACAGGCAGCUAUGUGGGUCCUGAUUACAGUCCAUACCAACCUGAAGGUGCUCAGGUCAGUGUUGUGGGUGUCCACACAGUGCCCGGAAGCCCUCACACCCUCCACCGCACAGUGGCUACCAACACACCUCCAAGUCCAGCGCUGGCACGACGGAUGGUCAACCAAGGAAGUCCUGCCAUGGGGCGCCACAUAGUGGCAGCAAAUGGAAGUGAGCCAGGGACUCCCAGCAGCCCUGUACUGGGCAGGCAUCCAGCAGUUAGCCAAGUGACCCCCGGAAGUCCAAGUCUGGAGAGACAUGUGAUGUAUGGAUAUUCCAGUCCCGAUGAGAGACAUGGCACACUGUCAAGACAGAGCAGCUCCUCUGGUUACCACCCACCAUCGACACCCUCCUUCCCUGUCUCACCUGCUGGCUUCGCAGAAAGCCCAGGGCUCCGGCAAGGCAGCCCCGCCCCACAGCCUGUACUCCCAGAGAAGAGGCGAAUGUCCAGUGGCGAGCGCCCCAAUGGUGUUCUGUCUUAUGGCACACUGAAUGGAAAGAUGUCCUCGCCUGUGUCAAGUGGUGGCAGCACCCCAAGUGCAUCCUUCUCUCACACCUUGCCAGACUUCUCUAAGCUCACCAUGUGCGAUGCAAGUCCAGAGACAAGGGCCAAUGUGAAGUUUGUGCAGGAUACUUCAAAGUUCUGGUAUAAACCAGACAUUUCUCGGGAGCAAGCAAUCGGUUUGCUGAAGGACAGAGAGCCGGGGGCCUUUGUUAUACGAGACAGCCACUCAUUCAGGGGAGCCUACGGCCUUGCCAUGAAGGUAGCCUCUCCUCCUCCCACAGUGGUACAGCAAAAUAAAAAAGGUGACAUUACCAAUGAGCUUGUGCGACACUUUUUGAUAGAAACAAGUCCCAAAGGGGUAAAACUGAAGGGGUGUCCUAAUGAACCUUACUUUGGGUGUCUGUCUGCACUGGUGUAUCAGCACUCAAUUACUCCCCUGGCUCUUCCCUGCAAACUUGUUAUCCCAGCUAGAGAUCCUCAUGAUGAAACCCCAGAGGUAGCAACACCUACAAAUUCAGCCUCAGAUCUUCUGAAACAGGGUGCAGGGCAGAAGGUCCCUCCAGAAGCCCAUGCUUGCAAUGUCCUUUAUAUCAACUCAGUGGACAUGGAAUCCCUCACUGGCCCUCAAGCAAUUGCUAAAGCAAUUUCAGAAACUCUUGCAGCUAACCCACCGUACAACGCCACCAUUGUACAUUUUAAAGUAUCUGCACAAGGCAUCACCCUCACAGACAACCAGAGAAAGCUUUUCUUCCGGCGACACUAUCCAAUCAACACUGUCACAUUUUGUGAUUUGGAUCCACAGGAAAGAAAGUGGAGUAAAGCAGAUGGAGGCAGUGCAAAAUUUUUUGGAUUUGUGGCCCGGAAACAAGGAAGCACAACAGAUAAUGUCAGCCACCUGUUUGCUGAGAUGGACCCAGACCAACCUGCCACAGCUAUUGUCAACUUUGUCUCCAAGGUGAUGAUUGGCUCACAGAAACGAUGAGUUCCCAUCAGCCGUCAUUUUGUUUAUUGGGAGGAGCUUUUUUGUUUUGUUUUAUUUGUUACUUUUUGUUUUUUGGUUGGUGAUGUUUUUCUUGGAAGGACUUAGAGUUGAACCGAGAUGGAGACAGAGAAAGUGCAUCAAGGGGCAGUGGCAGGAAUGGUAAUGGUGGGAGAUAAUCUCUAUCUUUGUGCACAAAAGAGCAAAAAAGAGGAAAUGAUGUCGGUGAGCUUAAUUUAAGAGAAGGCAAAAGAAAAAAGCAAAGUUGAAUGAAAAAAGGGUUUACUGAAAUCUUACGGGCUUUGGAUUGAUUAACCAAAGAAUAGAAUGCAUUGAAAGUACAGUAAGUGAUUUUAAUUGAUGGUCCAUUUCAAACAAAGAACCUUUAAUAGCAUUUUUUAGAACAUGCCUGUUAAAAUGGAUGUAAUUCUAUCAGUGUAAAAGUGUUAAUUUUAAGUUUCUGAAUAUAGUUUGCACCCAUGUUAUCUUACAUAAUAAUACAUACCAUAAUAUAGUUUAGUCAAGGAAGUAUGCGUGAUAGCUUGGUGUAAGGUUCUUCAUAUACAUGUUGCAAACACUUCAUUCUAAGUCCCAGAAUAAAUUAUGUAGUGUUUGUUUUACAAUGUAUAUGGGUGCAAAUGUUCUUGAGAACAGAAAUGUUCUCUCCCAAAUACAGGAGAUAAUAUAUUUACAUCUGUGCACAUUGUAGUCCUAUAGUUGUUGUUUGUAGGUAUUAUUUCCCAAAGAUAAAAAAUAUCUAGUUCGAUUAGUCAAUCCUAGAGCACAAUAGAUUUCAGCACUUAUAGACGGAUUGCUUUUGCCUGUGAACUGUGGACACGGGACUCCUGAAUGUACUGCAUUUAGCUGUUGUCUUGUAUUAGGCUUUGCUUUGCUUUUUGUGAGAGGACAGUUCCUGAUUGAAAAAAAACACAAAUGGCUUAUUCUGGUUACACACACUGAGAUGCUCCAGCAUCUAGAAAUACACAAGGAGUUUUUUUUAACACUGGAGAGACCCAGAAAUUGACAGCUGGGUGAUUGCACUGUUCUGCAUGUAAAACUAAAACUGUAACCUUGCUGCCAAUUUUUUGAGCUAAGUGUAAGUUUCCCAGUUUUAAAUUAUCCUAAAAACAAUUGUCCUGUUCUAACCUUAUAUAUAUAUACUGACUGAGGACAUUGUUUAUGCAGUUAUGAAUGUUAAUGAAUGUAGCAGUCAAAAGAGGGGGAAAAUAUGUGUAAUAUUGUUUAUAAUAAUGCAUGAAUGCAAGCAUCGUUUCUUUCUGGUUUCAUUUUAGACAUAUUAUUCAAAACCAAUUUCAAAUAUUAAAAUGAUGAAAAGGUGUAGUCCUCUUAAAAUAGUUGAGUGCUAAUGUCUCCAAUAAUACUCCCAGCAGAGCUCCUUUACAAAUUCAGAUUACUGCUAUAUUUCAAUGUAUCUACUUCUCAGACUGAAGGCUGAUUUUUGCAGAACAAGCCAUUUUAUAGCCAAGGAUUACUGUCCUCUCAGCCACAAUCAGAUUUAUAGCUACGACAUCUAUAGAGAGAAAAUUUCCUAUCACUGCUCAACAGAUCGCUUUACUUUAAAUAUAUAUACAGUAUAUAUACAGUAUAUAUACACACACCAUACCGAAAAGUAAGCUAAUCAAAAUAUAUAUAAAAUACAAAAAGUUACUUUACUAAAAUAUUUAUUUUUUUGCUAUGUCGCUCUAUGUUAACUCAUAUAUAAAAUUCUUGUAUAGUCUACGUAAAGAUUACGUAAAGCAUUUAAAAUACUUUUUAUUUUGGCUAAGAUGUCAAAAUCGACAGAUUUUGAACAACAUUUAAGAAAUAUAUAAGAUGUAAAGUGUAUGUAUGUUAAAGCUUGUCACUAUAUGUUUUGAAUAUUUUUUCACUGCAUCAUUUUUCUUGCCUUGUGUUUUCUUAGUUGGAUCCAAAUAGGCAUGUAAGGGGUUAAAGAAAUAAAAUAUUUGAAAAAGUUA